AUGCCUUCAAGUCUAUGUCAACAACAGUUUCUUCAAGUAUUGGAUCUUUCUCUCAACAAUAUAUCAGAAAUCAUACCAUCAUACUUUAACAAUUUGACCGCCAUGGCUGACCUUGAGAGCUCAGAAGCAAAAAUCGAGUUCAGCUAUAAUUAUUUUGUUGAUUAUGACAUAGGGGACAAUCAUUUCACUACCACUACAGAUGGCAUCUUCGAUGAUCAUCUAUUAGUUAUAUGGAAAGGUGUGGAACAAGAAUAUGGGAAAACCCUUGGAUUAUUGAGAGUCAUUAACUUGGCGUGCAAUAAAUUAAGUGGGGAAAUCCCUAGAGAAAUAGCAAGUCUACAUGGGUUGAUUAGUUUGAAUCUUUCAAGAAACAUGUUGAAGGGAAGUAUAAUUAAGGAGAUUGGUCAAUUGAAGGCAUUAGAAUCAUUCGAUUUGUCAACAAACAAUCUAUCCGGUGUAAUCUCAGAGAGCAUGUCUGAUUUAUUCUUUCUCAGUGUUUUGGACUUAUCAAACAACAAUCUGUCUGGAAAAAUUCCCUUAAGCACUCAAUUGCAAAGCUUCAAUGCUACUUGUUAUGCAGGGAAUCCAGGAUUGUGCGGAAACCCGUUGAACAAAUGUCUUGGAGAUGAGUCACCAAAAUCACCUAACAAUGGCGGUACUGAAAUUAUCACUGAAAGUGAUGAAGAAUUAUUUGAGCCUUUGUGGUUUUUUACUGGAACAACAGUUGGAUUUCUUGUUGGAUUUUGGGGUGUUUUCGGUUCGUUAUUGAUUAACAGGUCUUGGAGAGAUAGAUACUUUCGGCUAAUGAAUAAACUGGGAGAUUGGAUCAGAUUGACAAUGGCAUUGGAGACGGUCAAAUUGCAACAAAGACUUCGAUUGAAAGACUAA